AGUGUUACCUAAUAAACAAUAUAUUUUUUUAUUUUAAAAAAAUAAAAAAAAUUCUAAUAUUUUGUGUACGAAGAAAAGAAUUCGUAUUUACACUUAAAAAACGGUGUUUCCCAAAAAAUAAUCGGUGAUGACUUAAUAUUGGUGAAUUAUUUUAACAAAAUAUGUCGACCGAGGGUGAAAACCAAUCGAGAAUUUUCAUUGUCACUAUUGUUUAUCUUAGUCUAUUUUUAGAUAACGUACUACUUACAGUUGUUGUGCCCAUCAUUCCGGAUUAUCUGUACACACUCGAAGGUAAUUCAAGUAUUGUCAACUCGGAGGAUGAAAAUGGUCGUGUGGGAUUAUUGCUAAGCUCGAAAGCGUUUAUUCAGUUAAUUUUGAAUCCUGCGGUGGGAAUUUUUAUUGGUACCACAGGAUACGCCAAGCCAUUGUUCUUUGGGAAUAUCUGCCUACUUAUAGCAGCUCUAUUGUUCGCCUUUGGACAAACGUACGAGGUGCUUUUCUUGGCAAGAAGCAUUCAAGGCAUAUCGUCAGCUUGCAUCGGAGUGUCAGGAAUGUCUUUGUUGGCAUCUCAAUAUCCGGAAGAAGACAGAAGAUCAAAGAUUAUGGGCUUUGUCCUGGGAAGUAUUGCCCUUGGUGUACUUCUUGGGUAUCCAAUGGGCUCAGUUCUUUACGACCUCGAAGGAAAAAUUGCCCCAUUUUUACUCGUCGCUAGUCUUAUUGUCAUUUCGAUAUGUCUUCAGAUCUUCACUUUAGAUUUCGAAUCUGAUAUCCAGAAAACUGAAAAAAAUUCAAGUUGGACGCAUAUGUUAUCAGACACUCGAAUUCUUAUCAUUGCCGGCGCGAUUUGGUUCUCGACGUCACCAAUGGCAAUUUUAGAACCCUGCUUGCCAAUUUGGUUAAGGAGUCACAUAAAAGCCAAGAAAUGGCAAUUGGGAACAGUCUUCAUUCCGGACAGUGUUGGUUACCUAAUUGGAACAAAUUUUUUUGGAAUGAUCGCCUAUCACUAUGGUCGUUGUAAAAUAGCUGUUCUGGCAAUGAUUGUUGUUGGCAUUAGUGCUACUUUGGUCCCAACGGCUACUACAAUGUCACAACUCAUUAUUCCCCAUUUAGGCAUGGGGUUGGGUAUUGGAGUAGCAGACGCUGCUUUGGUCCCUUUAUUAGCCAGCCUGGUUGAUCAAAGUGGCAAUUAUGGUCUAGUUUACUCCAUCCAACAAGCAGCAGUCAGCCUGGCUUACUCACUGGGGCCUAUUAUUGGAGGUGAAUUGGUUCGAUCAAUUGGAUUUCAAUGGGUCAUGCGAAUUGUAGGACUGGCGAACUUAGCUUAUUGUCCAUUGCUGAUAUACAUUGCAUUGGAACAAAAGAAACUUCUCACUCAAGUUGAGAAAAAGGACUAUAAUUCCAUUCAAAUGCCACCGAUAACCAAAUACCAACGUUUCUAUGAUUCUGACGAUGGUCUUUGAGAGUAUUCGAAAGGAAAAAAACACAUCAAUUUAUAUUCAUAUAUACCAACUCUUUCAAUAUCAAUUUAAAAACUUCACCUCUCUUAUAUAUUAUUGAUAUUCGACUAAUACUUUUCCAAUUUCCUUUACUUUCCUGCAUUUAUAUACAAUAAAUUAUAUGUAAACUGAACAGAACAAAAUUCUCACUAGAUUCAACUUCUUUUUUAAAAAAACUUUUCUGCGUCAUUCAAUAUAUUGUCAACUAUU